GCCCGAGAGGAGUCAUAUGACAUGGACGAAGACCGUGGCUGGCAGGGAGAUAUAGGAGCUAACGACGCGCAUUCAUGCAUAUUCAUCAAGGACCCUCAUGGUGAUAUCGAUGGUCUGCGAGAAACAGGCAUUCAAGGAAUCGGUAUUCGCAUAUGGAGACUGGUGGGACAUGCUGAGAGUAAUACGUUGACGGGAGGGAAGAUAUUGGAAUGGAUUGCGGUGAUGUACCAUAUUAUAUAUGGCCAGCUAGGAUGCCAUUGUGUCAGCCACCACGCACGACCAACUCACAUUCCAAAUGCAUUCCAUGCGCCAUAGCCGCACUGUUUAUGCUGUUCUAUAUAGCCUGGUACGCAAAGUUGAUAGUAUUCAUGAGUUUAGAAAAUGCUCUGGGUGAUAGUGAGCCCAUUUGCUCAGCGAGCCAAAACAUACGG